UUUUAAAUCAUCUAGCCCAGAAGAAUAGAAAAAGCUUCAUCAAACUUCUCAUUCUAUCUCUCUCUCUCUCUCAUUUUCCUUUCUUAUUGGGUGUUUGGCAUCAGAGAAAAGUAGGAAAAAUCAGCAAUGGAUUGUUGUAUUUGUACUUCGAUGCCGUACAUGUUAAGACCUCCGAGGAAGAUGAUAUGUGAAACAUGCUAUGACGGAGCGAAUAACCUUAAAGAAGUCUUAAGUAAGCCUGAAACUAUUGAUAAGAAGGGGACCAAUAAAGGGAAUAAUUCUCAGCCAAAUUCGUGCAAGUCAUUGAUGGAUGUUUGGAGAGUGGUAAACGACAUAAAAAGUGGAUGCGAUAAUCGGGAGGAAAGGCUGAAAUUCCUGAGUGAGUUUGUUGCUGCGUUUAGAGAUAAAAUCCACCCUGAUAUUCUUCUCAAGCCCAGCAACGAUGGGCCUCCCAUUCCAGCCCACAAAGCCCUACUGGCAGUGAGAUCAGUAGUGUUGAAGAAUAUGUUAGAUUCGGAACAUCGGUUGAAGGCCCCACCAACAGAGAUGGAAACACUGUCGGAGCUGAAACAUGAUGAGUUGGAGACUUUGCUGGAGUUCUUGUACAACGGUGUCCUCUCCGAAGAGAAGAUGAAGAGACACGUGUACGCAUUGUCAUUGGCUGCAGACAAGUACUAUAUCCCAUACUUGAGGAAGAUCUGCGAGCGCCACAUGGAUCGUUCUUUGUGUUUAUUCAACGCUAUGAAUAUUCUUGAAAUUGCUGAUGUUUGUUCUUAUACGGUUUUGAAAGCCAAAGUCUUGGCCUUCUUCGUCGAAAACUUGAUGGAGCUUGUGCAUUCUUCUGAUUUCUAUGUCUGGUCUCUCAAGAAUCCACAUUUGACUGUGCAAAUUAUGAGGACUAUGGCGACCGAUUCUAAAAAUAAAAGAUUUUGACUUUCAUUUUUAUUUUUAGUCCUCAACAUAUUACUUUUGGUUUUUCUUGAUUUAUUAUUUUUCCUGAAAUUUUACAUUUAUUUUAUCAUAUGUUAGAUUGGAAUAAUUAAAACUUUCUCUGCUUCCAA